AGUCUAUAUUAACCGCCCGUUGUUUUCCAUUGAAGGCAGUCUGUUCUCGUCACCAUCUCAAGCAAAAACCACAUCAGACGUUCAAAACCAUAACGCAGCGUACCAGUUCCAUUCACACCAACAACUUCAACACAAUUCCUCCUACGCAACCGCAACAAUGAAGCUCACUAUCAUCCUCACUCUCGCCCCUACCGCCCUCGCCUUCACCAGGCCCAAGGCGAACGAAUACAAGAACUCCGACUGCUCCGACCUAAACUACGGCCACAACUCCUUCUUCCUCGAGGACGUGACCAUGGACGAUACCACCAAGUCGGUCUACCUCACCGAUGGUAGUACACUCGAGGGUAUGCCUAAGGGUUGGUUUGGCUACUCGGACAAAACCGGCGACGGAGGCAAGUGCUCGGGCGAGAAACUGGGUCGGUUGCCGGAGAAGUGUGUCAAUAUUGACACUCUUGCUUCUGAGAGGAUCAAGUGCGUUCGGUCUGAGGUCCUCUAGGUGAGCGAAAGUAGAUGAUGGGAUUACCUGGGAGGGAAAUGGCACGCCGUGUCA